AUGUCUGAAGACAAAGAACUGCUUGGAGGCUAUAGUGUGGAGGGUAGUAUGGAUGGCUUCAUCCGCCCGCCGCCGCCCCGCGGUCUCCCAAAUAAUGGCGGCCAUCUUCCUCGUCCUCUUCCGCAAACACUGCCCACGGUUGUCCACCCCCCAGCCCCAGCCCCACCUCGCCAAGCUCCACCGGUGCCUAUUGGGGAUCAUCUAGUGGAAUCCCUCCUUGCCUUGGCUCAGUUAUUGGAUGCCAACAUACAGCUGACCCGUCAGCUCUUUAAUGCACCAGAGCAAACUCAAUGGAGAAUCCAGGUUAUUAUGUUCAUGUGGAUGCGCCAAUUGUCCCCCCCUGCAACGAUCCCUGCUCCUGUAGCUGCAAACGGGGCCACCGGCCAUGUGUACAGUACAGUUCUCCGGACCAGAGUCCGUCAGAAGAUCCGGGAAAUCCUCAUGCGGAGUACCUUGGAAUCUUACAGCCGGGCUCAAUCUGUAGACGGGCACUUAUAUGUACAUUCCCCUCUCCCAUUAGUGAAAAGCUUCAUACUUGAACAGUCCCCGGUAUUCAGGAGGACAUAUCUCCCUCCUGGGCUCCCAAACAACCACGAAUCCAUGACGAGCUUGGUAACCUUCUUGCGUGCCAUGCUCAAGCAUGAGAGGACUCAUAUGCGCAAUGUGCUUUUGAGUAACAUCCGGCAAGACGCCCGACCACAAGAGCAUGGGACCUGUGCCCAAACUAUUCGACCUUAUCGUUCUUCUGGAUUGAGCGUUCCAGCCCAGGAACGCUCUGCGAUCGGCCGCUGA